CGGGUUGCCGAAAAGAAUUGGAUUAAAAAAAAAGAAAGCAAGAGCAGUGGAUGUCCGGGUGUUGAUCUGUAGGAUGGACGACCACAAAGGAAAGGUGUUUCUAAUCACCGGUGCCAGCUCUGGUAUUGGGGAGGGCAUUGCCGUCCUUCUCGCAAAGUGCGGAGCAAGUUUGUCAUUGACGGGAAGAAAUGAGGUCAAGUUAGAGACUGUAAAGGAAAAAUGUCUGAAGGAGGGAUUAUCUUCGGAGAAAACACUGUUUUCCGUGGGUGACAUUACAUCCAGAGAUUAUAGAAGAUCAUUAGUGGAUCAAACAAUAAAACAGUUUGGAAAGCUUGAUGUUCUGGUAAAUAAUGCUGGAAUGAUGAAGUCCGUGGAUAUAUCAAUGGAAACAGAAGAACACUUUGAUGAAAUUAUGAACGUCAACAUAAAGUCGGCAUACUUCCUUACCCAACUAGCUAUACCACAUUUGAAGGCUACGAAGGGCUGCAUCAUCAACAAUUCAAGUGUACUUUCAACCACUGUCCUCCCGGGUAUAUCUGGAGUUUGUUCUUACUGUAUGUCCAAAGGAGCAAUGGAUGCAUUCACCAGAAAUUUAGCUAUUGAAUUAGCACCCUUUGGAAUUCGGGCAAAUAGCGUAAGACCAGGAGUUACAAGAAGUUAUCUCCAGAGACAUAAUAUAACAGACGAAGAAUUACUAAAUAAGGUGAUGGCAACAUUUGAAAAAGCAAAUCCUUCUGGACGGAAUGGUGAGCCGGAAGAUGUUGCCAAUGCUGUUUCAUUUUUGGCCUCUGACAAAUCAUCAUAUAUAACUGGACAGGACAUUGUUAUUGAUGGCGGACGUUUUAUUCGAUAUUAGUUACAUUGCUUUCACAAUAUUAUGCCACGAAUGCUUCACAUUGAAUUCUACUUAUGUUACAAAAUACGCAAACUAUUCUUUUUAUAGCACUGAAUUUGCACCAUUGAAAUUCGUGUAUAGAAUAAUUAAUUCAGCUCAGAUAUAUACUGUAUGUACAUUUAGUGUUAAUUUGUUUUACUCGUUUGAUUUCUAAUACUUACUAUUCUUCAUUUUGGAAACUCCUACACAUUGUGCUCUAAGGAGAGAUUACUGACUUUAAAGAAGAGGCCUAAGGGCCUUAACGUUCACCUGAGUAUAAUGUAACACUAUAAAGGAUCCAUAGUUCGAAUAUGAGAUAAGCUGAUAUAUGAAGCUGUGUUGCCCAAAAGCAAGAGACAUAGGAUAAAUAGGGAUCAGCAAAAUAAUUAAUUUAAUGCCCAGUCACAAAUUCUCAACUUUGGAAGAAGCACUCAUUAUCAUCAUAACCAUACCCUUAUUUUAUUUGCUUAAUACCUAGAAGCAUAGAAGAUUUUCAGAGAAUGCACUGUCAUUAUAAAAUUAAUAGAGCCCCGUCCUAACACCAGAUCCCCAGACCCAGGGGCUAUGAAAUUCACAAUUUUGGAAGAGGCAUCCUUGAUUAUUACAACUAUUUAUUUGGUUUGUUUGCUUUAUACACAGGGGCAGAGAAAAUUUUCAAAGAAAUAAUGCAUUUCGAUAUAUAUAAUGAAAGAGCACUUCGUCGAGUGCCGUGAUGGGAAUGUCGUAUGUUUAAACCCCAUCCGCGACUGACCUAAGUCGAUAAAAAAAGGUAGCAUCUGUUCCCACACCAAGUGCUCGGCAUUUUGAAAUGAAGUUUCGGUUCUUUCGGAUGAGACCUUAAAAACCGAGGCCCCUUUUCAAGGCAGGCGUUGGCACGAUAAAUAUCCCUCACUGCCUAAUGGCCCUGAGUGCCGAAGAAAGGUCUAAAUUUGAAACCCUUCAUCGGUAUAUGGUGCCGUCUCUAUAUGAGUGAAAAAUUCUCGAAAGGAAAAUUCUAUGAAAGGACAACAUAGAAUUUAUCAAUCAGUCAAUCAAAGAGCAUUCCCCUCUUCCACAGAACCCUUGAGGCCAAAAGUUUCACAAUUUUGAAAGAGGCACACUUGAUCAUAUUAGACAUGCACUUAGAUUAUCGACUUUAUUUAAGGAAUGAAUUUAAUAGUUAUCUAAGUUAUAUUGUUUAACCUGGGUUGGGCCACUUUAUGCUUUACAAACUGAGUAGCAGUUAAUGAAAAAAUCAUAAACUGUUCCAGUCCAGGUUAUACCAGUAUAAUUAACUUGGUUAGCGUUUAAAUUCACCCCUUAUGAUUUAAUUUUCCAUCAUUAAGUGUAGAAAUUAAGACAAUUUCAAUUUCAAAAAUGUCUUCAAAGACAAGAUAUUUUUUGAUGCAAUUUGAUAAAAGUGUUGUGUAAAUACACAUCUGACAAAAAUAUUGAAAGCCACUGAACAAAACACCCAGUUAUAUUAAAGUGAAGUUAAUUAUAUAAGCAAGUUGACCACUGGUAAUUAAUUAAAAAGGAUAUAUAUAUGUACAUAUUUGGAAAAGUUAAUACUUCUAACAAAAUUAACAUUAUUAAUACUUUUGUGAUUGAUUAAUGAUAGUUAUAUCCAUAUUUCAUAUUAGAAUUGAUAACAGUAUCAUCGGACCAUUUGGAAAAAUAAUGCUUUUGAACAAUAUGCUACGUUGAAUAUAAUAAUUUAACAUUUAGGCUUACAAUUACAAUGGAUUUACUUGAAAAUUAAGCUUGAUAUAUAUUCAUUAAACAUCGGAGUGAAGAAUGUAAAUGAUUGUUUGCUUUUUUACCUCUUUUUUUAUUCAUAUUAAAGUUAUGUUUAAGCUGCUGCUAAAAGAGGUAUUGAGAGUAUAAAGGUAUAAAGAGUAAAAGAUGAUGUUAAGCUAUAGUUUUUCUAUAACAAUACAACACCAUCAUUUGGUUUAAAAUUAAGUGCUUAAUUCAGAAGAUAAAUUUAGAAAGGAAUAAAUAUGAAAGUGAAACUAAUUUUAACUUGUAAGGUUAUGGACACAUCUUUCUUUUAUAGUGUCCUUCACUAUGUU